CUUCCCUGCAUGGUAAUGGACUUCCAGUGGAGGGAGGAGCACUGCCAAGCUGCCUUUGUCCAGGGUUCUGGCAGCUCCUCGGCCUUACCCUGGGGCCGCCGACCUCUGGGGCUGUGGGUUCUGCACGUGCCAGUACUCAGCGACCCUGGCCUGUGUGCAGAUUAUGCAGAUGCUCCACUGGAGAAGCCUCUGAAGCUGGUGCUCAAGGUGGGCGGGAGCGAGGUGACCGAGCUCUCGGGCUCAGGCCAUGACUCCAGCUACUACGAGGACCGGUCAGAUCAUGAGCGGGAGAGACACAGAGAGAAGAAGAAGAAAAAGAAGAAGAAGUCAGAGAAGGAGAAGCAUCCAGAUGACGAGGAGAGGAGAAAGCGGAAGGAGGAGAAGAAGCGGAAGAGGGAGAAGGAGCACUGUGACACAGAGGGAGAGGCAGAUGACUUCGACCCUGGAAAGAAGGUGGAGGUGGAGCCACCCCCAGAUCGGCCGGUGCGAGCUUGCCGGACACAGCCAGGCAAGAUACGGGUGGCUCUUGUUCAGGGAGCCUCUGGGGAGAGGCUGGUGCUCUCCUGAGCCCAUGCCAGCGUGCCCUGGACCCGGGGUUCCCACCCUCAUCCAGAUCAGUUGGCCACUUACUGCUUGUGGCCUUUAAAAACCCUUUAACCCACAAGCUAAGCGUGAGUUAUUCACUUUUAAACACUCACGAAAAGAAAAAGGCAGGUGCCUCUGAGACCUGAGGUGUAUGACUUCACCACUAGAUCGUUUUAUCUGGCCUUCACAGAAAUAUCUGGCCAACUUUGAGUCUAAAAGUUUGCUUUUAUCUGCCUUGUUGCUCCAGAUGGAGCAGUGUCAGGUGAGUGACCCAAGUUGCUCUCGCUCUAGACAUGGGCAGGUCAGUGGAAGUGGGUAGCCCCUGGGAGACAGUACCUAGGUGAGUCUGACUCCCUUCAGAUGGCUGCAGCUGAAGUGAAGGAGGCUGGGCUGUGUGCCAGGGCCGGUGUCUGCCUCGAGUUCCCAGCUCAUGGUCUUCCCUUUGACCUGCAUCCCCAGAUGUCCUUCAGAAGUUGGCAUCCUGUGCUUCCCAGACAGCUGGGAAACUGAGGCAGCUGGCUGGGACAUUAGGGACAUGACACAGAGGCUAUUGCUGGGUUUUUCAGACCAUUAGGAGCCAUGUGGUAUGGCUGCCCAGAGGCUAGUUCUGCAGAGCUUGUGACUCCCCUGUGCGGCUGUCUCGGGGUCUUUUUCCUUGGCCUCCUCCUUCAUGCCUAUGAAGCAGCAGGCCUGAGAGAUGUCACUGCCUGUGGUAGGGCCUGCAGCCAGCGCAGCCCCAAGGUGCCGCCGGGGUUAGUGAUGGGUGCUAUGUG